AUGACCGACAUUGGCCGCGCCGCCGAGGAAAAGGAGGCUGAUAAAGACAAGCUGGACUCGAGUGGGACACCGACCAUCGACGGUCUUGACAUGGAGCAUGAUGGUCUCCAUCGCCUCCGCAGUGUCCGCAGCGAUGUCGGUUCCAAUCUCGCCCGCCAUACCUCCACAGCCGAUGCAGCAUCGCUCGCCUCCAUCGACCGCCCACCGAGCGAAGAGGACAAGUUUCCCCCUUCCAAGAUAUACCAUCCCCUAUCCUUCGCCGUCCUCGCUCUCCUCAUGCCAGCUUCCGUGUUCGGAACACUUGCAAGGCUUGGUCUUGAGGCCCUCGUCACAUUCGAUGGACACACCAUUUUCCCUCUGGCAUGGGUCCAGGCCGGCGGUUGUCUGGUUAUGGGCUUUGCUCUCGCAUUGAAGGAUCCAUUUGGCCAAUUCUAUGGACCGUUUUACACUGCGAUAACCACCGGGUUUUGUGGUUCCUUCACGACAUUCUCCGGUUGGCAGCUAGCUGUCUUUCAAGCAUGGAUCAAUGAAGGGCGGUUCCAUAGGGACUGGCUACGAGAUGUGAUAGACGGUCUGACGCAAACCGUGUUCACUCUAGCGUUGUCGUUGGUCUGCGUGUCGUUCGGUGCUCACUUAGCAUCCCUAAUACAGCCUAUAUUCCCGGCACUUCCUCCACCGAAGCGUGCCAUUCGCCAUAGCCUGUCCGUCCUCUCUAUCCUCAUUUACGCCGCGACGUACCCCGCAUACUUCCGGCUGCCCGCGAGCUACCGACACCAAGCCACCGCCGCGCUACUAUUCUCCUUCCCCGGGACGCUCACGCGCUACUUCCUCUCUCUCCGCCUCAAUCCCCUACUACACCUCAUGCCCCUCGGGACGUUCUCCGCAAAUAUGCUCGGCACCGCGCUCAUCGGGAUGUUCACCGUUCUGCAGGGCAUGCACUCACCCCCGUCGCCGAGGGCUUGUGCGCUCCUGCGUGGUCUGUCCGAUGGGUACUGUGGAUGCCUCACUACCGUCAGCACGUUCGCCGCGGAAGUUGCGACGCUCGAUGACGCGAAGGCGUGGCUCUACGUCGUCGCCAGCUGCGUCACGGCACAGCUACUGCUGCUCGUGAUCUUGGGCCCGUCGUAUUGGGCGGGGCAUGUUAGUGAACAGUCUACAUGCCAGUACACCUAG